AGAUAAUCUAAAAUGCAUAUUAAAAAUUGUAUUAAAAUUUAAGAUCGACAUUUAUGUAAAGUGAGUAAACUUUAACGUAUAUAUAUAUAUAUAUACGUAUGUAAAAUAUAUAUUGCAUAACUGACAAAGUUUAUUUAAAAGAAAAUUGAAAGUGAUAUUUUAUAAGUAAUGGACAUUGCAUAAAUAUGAAACAAGUCGUAGAUACCAAAACUAAUUCUGGAUCAACAGGAGAAGCUGACGAGUGUUUGUUUGAAUAUCUGCAUGCUGAAAUAGUUAAUUACGUUUUAAGUUUAUCAUUAAAUACAAAGGAAGGUAAGGAAGAUCUAUCUCGAUUGGAAUGGAUGGGAUUUAGUGUUGGAUAUAAAAUCAUUGAACGAUUAACAAGAGAAUGGAGUCGUUUCAAAGAUGAAUUAGAUAUGAUUAAAUUUAUAUGUACAGAUUUUUGGUGCAGCUUAUAUCAUAAGCAAAUUGAUAAUCUCAGAACAAAUCAUCAUGGAGUAUAUGUAUUACAAGACAAUGCAUUUCGUUUACUAGAUAAAGUUGGUACUAGUAAUAGUAAACAAUAUCUUCCAGAAAGUCCACGCUUAUUAGCAUUUACAUGUGGGUUGUUGCGAGGUAGUUUAGCAAAUCUUGGCAUCGUGAGCACAGUUACAGCAGAAACAUCAACUUUACCAAGUUGCAAAUUCCAUGUUCAAGUACAAAGAGUUUAAUAUGUACAGCCAGACAUUAAUAUGCAUUUCAUAUAAUGAUUUAUCACUGUAUUAUUAACAUCAAAUUUACACAAUAUGUAAUACCUAUAGUAACGAAUAUGAGUGCUAUAAUUAACAUGAAGAGCAUGUCAAUUAUAUUCAAAAUUUUCAAUAAACUGUAAAUGAUGUAAAGAAUGAAAAUUUAACAUAUA